AUGGAAGAUACAAACAUGUUGCGGGCUGAUAUCGACAGGAUCUGCACGCGACUGCAGAGCAUUGAGCAGAUCCUAGCCACCGACAGCAAGCACCACGACAUGCCAGACCCCAACUCUACAGGGCGGGGGGGACCGGAUCAUGAUGACAGGCAUGCGAAGCCAGCGCAGUUCAACUUCGGUAAGAACUACUGGUCCGAUCGCGGAUCUCUAUUUGAGAUCAACGAGCCAUGGUUUGACCUCGGAGGCCUCAAGUUCAGCAGAGAGUUUCCCAUGUACGUGGGAAAAGCGCCCCCGCUCCAUACGAUGCACUCGGACAUGUGCAUCAACUGCAGAGAUCUGAGAGUCAUCAACGCCAAGUUGACGGCGUCAAUGCAAUCGCUGACGUCCGACUACAACAAGGCCGGAGUAUACAUCCUUGACCUCGAAGAUCGCGCCAGGAUAGUCGCCGCUGCAAGGGCGUUGCAGCUCAGAGCAGAGACAGCGGAAGAGUCAAGCAGGAAGGCCAAGAUAAUCUCAAGCGAGGCAGCGAAGUCACUGCAGGAGAUCCGAGCGGUGGUCGAGUUCCUGGGGUCGUCGCUGACCAUGUCCCAGAACCAGUUUCGAGAGGAGAGAGAGCAUCGACUCAGGCUGCAAGGGGAGCGUGCCAUGAGGCAGCGAGAGCUACAAGAUCUGCGCUCUACUGUAGCAGCGUAUCGAAGGAACUCUUACCUGACCCACGGAUAUGUCUGA